AUUAAAUUUGAUGCACACAAACAAUUGGACCCAUUCAUUCAGAGCAAAUAAGAUGACCAUGACGGAGCGUGUGCAAUUGAAAAGUUUAACCUUUGUACAAAGUAUUAAAACGUUAUUUUUCAUAACUGGAAUAAUAUCAAGUGUGUAUGUUUUGCUUAACAUAUCAAAUGCAAAGUUUGACAAUUACAACUAUGACUUUUCGUCACUUCUUGCUUGCGGCAAAAAUGAACAUUCUGUAUUCCUCUUAAUGGCUGUACCAAGUAAAGCAGGCAAUUUCAGAGAGAGGAUGGCUAUCAGGAACUCAUGGGGAAGUGUUGUUAAACAGGAUACUUCUAUACGGUUGUUUUUCUUUGUCGGAAAAGAGGCUGACCAAAAAAUAAAUGACACGCUAACCAUGGAGAAAGAAACAUACAUGGACAUUGUUGAAUUAGAUAUAAGGGAGACAUAUAAAAAUCUUGUGAAAAAGAUAACUGCUCUAUUACAAUGGGUUACCGUUCAUUGUACCAACACCAAAUAUAUUCUUAAAGUAGACGACGAUGUGUUUUUGAAUUUUAAUCUUCUAAUAAAUUACCUCAGAAACAGCAAACCGGUGAAUUCGAUUAUUGGAUGUAAACUAAGAAACGCACCCGUAGUCAGAGAUAAGCUUUCAAAAUAUUACAUCUCAAAAGAGGAAUACAAUCCAGAUAUUUUCCCAGAUUACGUCGGAGGUCCAGCAUAUGUAAUAUCCGGUGAUAUCCUCGGUAAACUUUAUUUGGCUACGAACAACGUGUCAUCCAUUUUUCUGGAGGAUGUGUACAUAAAUGGAAUGUGUAGAGAAUAUAUAAAUGCUCUGGCAGUUGGACAUCCGAGCUUUAGCUGCGUUACCAGAAUUAAAGAACCGUGUGGGGGAUACUUCAGGAACUUAAUAACAGGGCACCCUUAUUCAGCUGGGGAAAUAGAACGCAUGUGGAUGCAAUUAAAUGAUAAUAUUACAUGCAUAAGUAGUAAAUCUUAUAGAUAAUCUGACAAAUGUAACAUGUAUAUGAUGAUAUUCACUUUUGAUGUGUAAAUAUCGAUAUGUUUUUUAAAUGAAACCUCUAUUUCAAUGAUACUAAACAUACAUGUUGUCAAAAUAUAUCUUUUUCUUUAAAUUGAAUAGAUGAUAUCCCAGGCAAGCGCAGGAAUAAACAAUUUACAUAUCAAUAUUAAACAAAGUUAAUAUGUUGAACCAUAUUUUUUUUUUUUUGGUUUAUUGUUGUAUAUACUUUCAGUUUGUCCGGUUUUUUUAAUUACUUUUAUGACAUUUUUUAAAAUGAAAAAAAAAACAAACCAUCUGUAUGGCUGGAUAUUUAGAGGAGCUGACAGAGGUGAAAAAUCUAAGCCGACAUUGAUGUUAUAUAUACAUGUAUGUGGUCUUAUUUUAUGUUGUUGUAGGAUUGGAAAAACUUUUCCUUUUUAAUUUCAAACAAGUGCAUAGGACUUAAGUACAUCUUAUCUUUAAAGGACUAUAUGCGGUAUAAUGUAGUUUUUGCCCCUAAAAUCUUAGUUUUUUGAAGAACUUUACAAAUAAGGUUGAAAUAUAACUGAAAUCAUAUUAAAAAUAAAUAAGUAAAAGGUAAUCUUCACAGUGACGUCAUAAUGUAGAAAUGACGUCAUGAAAAUUGUCCUCAUUUGGUAAAACCAAGUUUUGUAGCAAAUACUCGUGUUUUUGGAUGGUUUUUUGAUUGGGAAACAUCUAGCACAGGCUUGCUCAAAUACCAUCUGUAAGAUGUGUAUAAUUAAAAGAUUAAAAACAUACGUUAACAUGGUAUUUGAGCAGACCUGCGCUCUAUACUUCCAAAUGGAAACUAUAAGGAAAAAAUGACAAUAUUUUCAUUUUUUUUAUACGA